GUUCCACAAGGUCUAACUCGAUCGCAAAUGGACGAAAAAUCCGACCUGAAAAUUUUUAGGGUCGGCUUCACAGACGCCGUAUUUUCAAAUUGAUCAUUUAGUGAAGACGCAUAGAAUAAUGCCCCUCUAGGACCCCCUAAACCCAUCAAGAUACAUGCGCAAAUGACGGAUUCUGAUUGGUUUAUUGAUCUCCAAACCAUAGACGAAGUUUUGGGGACAAAACUCUACUUAGUAGGGGAGGUAGGUGGGAAAGCGUUCUCACGCGAGGCAAUUGUGCAGCUGGGGCAGUUACAGGCGGUUCAGGUGUCAAUGUGUUAAGACAACCAUGCAGAGCAAGUCCUGCUGCUGUUUGUACUGAUGUCCAGCAAAAGGAAGCAUGACUACAAGGUUUUAAAGAAGCUGCUGAGGAUACUGCCAACUACCCGUAGUGUGGAGCAGGUUACCACUGACUUCAAGAGCGCCGUGUAUGGAGCAUUUAGAAAAGUCGUUCUGGAGGUGCAGUUGCUGUGUUAUGCCUUCUACUGGAAUUGAUGUAAUCUAAGACAUUUUAAUUACAUAUGCCUUGAGCAGAAUUACACAUGAAGAAACUACAGAAAUGCACAUACCAUACUUACACCACCAAAAUCUUAUCUAGGCUUCCCAAUUCCUUGCUUAGCAAGCAUUUUGAUAUGUUUAGGUUAGAUUAUAACAGGUAAUAUCUGAAUUUUGAUUCUUUUUUUGGCAAUAUAGCACAACAUGCUGAAAUCAAAUUUGAUCUUGACUUGGGAAAUAUUCCAUAAUCUGAUUAGAAAUCAAUGUCUUUGCUGUUUAGUUAAAAUUUUAUGUGAUAUACUUGCACAGUUCGAAGCAGCAAUAACUAUAAAGAUUGAAGCAUCUGUUCUGAUAACAAUCAUGGAAUAUGUUUAGCAACAGGAAUCUAGAAUAUAUCUUUGUUUUCACCACAACCCUCCAUAGUAGCUCUGUCUGUUAUUAACAAGCAAAUUUCAAAGAAACUAUUCCACCUUUCAAGGUAGUAAUUUUGUGGGAGCAAUCAUCAAUAUUAACUAUCAAUCAAAUCCGAGUUCUCUUUCUAGCUAAUUUGCCUGGUCUCACUCAGAUUUAAGUUUAUGCAAGUAUUUGAGUCAAACCAUCAAUACAAGUUGGAUAAAUCUCUGUAUCCACAUGAGGAGUCGCAUGGCAGGAAAUUAUUUUAAGUGUAUUGGAGAAAGAUAUUUACAAGUUCUGUAGAGAUACCUAUAAGUACAUUGAUUAUGAUUAUUAUCAUAAUUGAAUUUACAUGACUAAUGGUUUGGCCACAAUCUGAUUGAGGCUACACACCACUAUUCUGUGACAAAAUAUAAUAGCAGUGAGGAUAGUAUGCUUUAACAGCAGGCAGACUGGUUAAAAUAAUGAAAAUUAAGUAUGCUUCGAGCAUUACCUCAGUGAUGAAUUGGUCAUUUCACUGUUCAAUGUUCCAUGGCAGUGAAAAGUAAAAAUAUUGUUGUUAGGCUGUAAUCCUUUGUUGCACUUAACUUUGUUACACUUAAUAUUACCUCCAUGAAACAAUAGUAAUCAUCAUAAAGAUGUCAUGCUAGUUCCUGUGAUACAGUAGAACACUACAAGGGACUAACUGAAGGCAGUGGAAGGAAGAUGAAGAGAGCAUCAAAGAAUAAGUUUAAGAAGGCUGCAAGAGGCAGAAGAGAAUGGCAAGCAGACAAUGAAAAUGGUGACCCACCUGAAUGCAGUGUCCAUCUCCCAGACAUGUCUGACCUUCCAUCUGCAGUUACAGAUCAAUGCCCAAGCCAGUCAGAUGUUCUUUUACUGACUGUGAAAGACUGUGAGUUCUUAAGUUGCUAUGCAUACCUGCAGAAUCCACUUAAACAUUAUGUAAAUGGUCUUGGUUAUGUCUACUUUGGCAUAAUUGGUGAUGAAGAGCAUGAACAUAUGAAAGUAGGAUUGAUGAAAUGCUCUGAGGGCUCUGUUGGUCCUGGCAGUUCUUUGGUUACUGUAAAAGACGCUAUCACUUCUCUUCAGCCCAAGGCACUUAUUUCUGUGGGAUAUUGCAGUGGCCUGAACCGUGAAAAAGCCAAACUGGGAGAUGUGGUUGUGUGUGCAAAGCUCACCACAUAUGCAUCCAAGAUGGUUUUGGAUACUAAAGAGCAAUCCAUCAGAACAAGAACUGUUGUCAGCCGAAAUUUCCUGAACCUCGUCAAAAAUGUUGCUGAUGGGUGGAAAGCACCACUGAAAAAUCUUGAAAGACGAGAAGUGGAAGUACAUGCGGGUGGCGAGUUUUUAAGUGGUCCAGAGGGGAUCAAUCUAGAUUGGCGGCAUGCAGAACUCUUUGAAGCACACCCCCAGGCUUAUGCAAUGGAACUGGAAGGAAAAGAAUUGUUGACUGCUGCAUAUGAUCUUCGCAUUGAAUGGCUCGUAGUAAAAGCUAUCGCAGAUUUUGCUGAUGGCACAGACAUCAGAAGUUCUUGGAAAGGUUUUGCAAGUGCCAUGGCAGCAUCUGUUGUUUUUCAUUUGCUGAGUGAUCCCAGUGUUUUCAAAGACUGGCCUCAUUACAAAGAAAAUAUCAGAAGUGGCUUUGAAACGCUGAAAACCGAUCAUGGAAAAUUAAGCGACAAGUUGGAGUCAUUGAAAGAAGGACAAGGAAAAUUAAUGGAUCAAGGUUCAUGUGAAUUUGAAAUGGUGAAACGAAAAUUGGAUGACUGGACAAGCGGGCCACCACCUAGCAGGAGACCAAAGAUGGAAGAUGGUUAUGAUCCCACCGAAAUGAUUGAGAACAUUCGUCAACUCUACAAAACACGCGAGGGUGCGAUGAACCUCCUUCCCUGGUGUGAAGACUUGAACUUUUCUUUUGGAAACUUCUACACCAGACUUAAAGUCAUCUACAAAGAUAAAACGAGAGGAACAGCUACGGAUCGAGUUCUCACGAUGUCUGAAAUCUUCAACCCGCACGAAGAAUGUGAAGAACCAAGAGUUGUAUCAAUAGAAGGGAAGCCUGGUAUGGGAAAGACAACUUGCUGCAAGAAAGUUGUUUUCGACUGGGCCACUCAAAAACACGCAACCGGAAAUUACUUCACAAAAUUCCUCAUAGUGCUUUUGAUUAAAUGUCGUGAAGUUCAGUAUGGCCUUUGGGAAGCCAUUGAUGAUCAACUUCUACCUCAAGAUGUCGGUGAUCACCAAAGAAAGAGAUUCUUCGACUUUAUUCGCCACAAUGAAUCUAAAGUUCUCUUGGUACUCGAUGGAUUGAGUGAGGUUUCUAAGAGAAAGCUACCAACGUUUUUAGAAAUUAUUCAAGGCCGAGUGCUGCCAAAAUGUCGCGUGGCUGUUACGGCACGGCACGAAGCUGGAGUCAUAGUUCGACAAUAUUGCGACACCCUGCUAGAGGUCGAGGGAUUCACUGAAGAAGAUGUGAAAACCUUCAUCGUAAAGUACUUCAGAGAGAACAUGUACUUGGCCGCGCAGCUUAUCGAACGACUAGAUGAUGACGAAUCCUUGUACGAAAUGUCGACGAAUCCUCUCAACGUUACGCUUCUUUGCGUGAUCUAUGAAGAUUUGAACGGUGUAUUUCCUGAAAACAGAAGUAAGCUGUACAUGGAGAUAGUGGAUUGUAUACUAAGAAGAUACAGAGCAAAGAAACAACUUCCAGAAAACGGCGAAGACCUUGUACAACUUUACGAAAGCCAAUUGAAACACCUUGGCUCGAUAGCUUUGAAAGGUUUACUUGAAGACAACUUGGACUUUGACGAGAAGGAGCUUGGAAAACACAAAGAAAGCGAUUUACCUGGAUUUGGAUUUCUGUCAGUUCAGCCCGGAGGCAGUAAGCUAAGACCGACUAUACGUUAUAGCUUUCUUCACAAGACCUUCCAAGAGUUCUUCGCAGCAUUGGAUCUUGCUUAUCAGCUUAUGGAGAAAGAAAUACGCACAAAGAGCAUAGCUGUUGACAAACGAUAUCGCCACGAGCUGAAAAAAGUGCUUCUAUUUGCAUUUGGCAUUCUAGCAGCACGGUGCCAAGAAACAGCAAAGAACCUUAUAAAAAGUAUGGCAACACAGUUAAACCAGGAGGACGAGGAUAAUGAACCCGCCUAUAGUAUGACUGUUCUAUUAAAGUGCAUUGAUGAAUGCAAAAAUGAGAAGAAUUUCGAUGCAGAACUGGCCCGCGCUCUUGGCCAUUGUCUUCAAAUUAAAGCUAUGACUGGAUCACGGAGAGCUAAGGCUAGCUUAAUAGCCAACAUUCUUAUAACAAAUACAAGUGUGACAAAGUUAGAUUUGUCAUGUAAUGAAGGUGGUGAUGAUGAAGCUGCUGUUCUAGCUGAGUGUUUGAAAGAAAAUAAAUCUCUGACGGAGUUGUGUUUCUCUCGUAAUGAAAUUGGUUAUUAUGGUGCUGCUGCUCUGGCUGAGUGUUUGAAAGAAAAUGUAUCUCUGGCAAAGUUGAAUUUGAAUCAUAAUAACAUUGGUGAUGUUGGUGCUGCUGCUCUGGCUGAGUGUUUGAAAGAGAAUGCAUCUCUGACAGAGUUGUAUUUGGAGGAGAAUAAAAUUGGUGAUUCUGGUGCUGCUGCUCUGGCUGAGUGUUUGAAAGUGAAUACAUCUCUGAAAAAGUUGAAAUUGCCUUUUAAUAAAAUUGGUGAUGCUGGUGCAGUUGCUCUGGCUGAGUCUUUAAAGGUUAAUCAUUCUCUGCAAAAGUUAAAUUUGUCUAAGAAUGAAAUUGGAGGUGCUGGUGCUGCUGCCCUGGCUGAGACUUUGGAAGAUAAUACAUCUCUGACAGCGUUGAAUGUUUCCUACAAUGGCAUUGGUGAUGCUGGUGUUGAUGCUCUCGCUAAGCGUCUCGAAGAUUUUACAUCUGUGACAGAGAGGAAUGUUUUUCAUCAGGAAAAUCGGUGAUACUGGUGCAGCUGCUCUGACUACUGCGCUUGAGUUUCACCCAUUAGCCAAGUCGGACGGGCUUCUCCCAGACAAUUUAUACUCCCUCCUAUGACCUCUGACGAAAAAAGAAAAAGCGAUAACGUAACGAACAUUGACUCAUGACCCUGACCCCAAGCAGGGUAGAUGUACACAAGCUUUGUUUGGUCGAUACCAGUGUUAAUACAAGAUUAAUGCAAAAUAAGUUUUCUGUGAUGAUUUAAUUUUGUGAGGGCAUUUAGAUAAGCUUACUCGUAUAUACUCAGGAGACCAGAACGCUUUAUGAGACUGUUAAAAGAAAGUAUGCUUCACCCAUGACGCUCGUGGUAACUGCGAGAAUGUCCGCGCAAGGAUAAGUUGAAAUGCAGAAAGGCUCCUUCAGAGUUUGAAAAUUCGAUAGAUAUUUUUUGUGGGUUUUUUCAGCAUUAAUUCUCCUAAAAGUGUUUUAAUUAUUAUUAUCAACCAUGUGAAUUUGUACUAGGUUUGAGCAGUAACUCGUUGGUGAUCAGUUCGUUGAUUCUUAUGAAAUUUACUUCUGAUGUUUUGCUGAUUAUGUUCAGUACUGUGAGGAGAAAAUUGAUGGUUAUUUGCGAUUCUAUUGACCCUAUCGGAGGGUCGUGGGUUCAAAUCCAAUCUGGAAACUCGAUUUUUCUCUUGUAUUAAAAAUUGUUUAUUUCA